AUGCUGAAGAGCCAGACGUCAUCAAUCAGAAACCUGGAAAUCCAGGUGGGGCAGAUUGCAAGCGAGUUGAAAAGCAGGCAGCCAGACAUUCUACCUAGCAAUAUAGAGACACCUGGGAAUAAUAACGGGAAAGAGCAAUGUCACGCAGUGACGUUGCGGAGUGGAAGAGCCCUUGCAGAAAGAAAGAUGAAUCCAAGAAACAAUAGUUCUUCGAAAGAACGCAUUACAUGUUCAACGGAUCAAGAAGAGAGAACGCUAGAAAAUACAAGCCAUUCAGAAACCAACACGUCUAACGUGGGAAAGCAAGAGGUGCCUCUGAACGCACUAUUCCUUAAGCGUCUGAUGAAGAAGAAUGAUGAAUAUCAGUUCAAGCACUUUCUCGAGCUCCUAAAGCAGCUGCACAUCAACAUUCCACUCAUAGAAGCUUUGAAGCAGAUGCCAACAUACGUGAAGUUUUUGAAGGACAUUUUGACGAAAAAGAGAAAAGUCAGUGAGAAAGAAGUAAUAGCACUAACGCAGGAAUGCAACGCGUUAGUAAGCAACAAGCUACCACAGAAGCAGAAAGACCUAGGGAGCUUCACAGUUCUUUGUUCAAUUGAAGGAUUAGAUGUGAGUCAUGCGUUGUGCGACCUAGGAGCAAGCAUCAAUCUCAUGCCUCUUUCAGUUUUUAAGAAAUUGAGGAUUGAUGAGGCACAACCUACUUCUAUCAUCCUUCAACUUGCUAACAGGAUAAUUAAGUACCCAGAAGGGAAGAUUGAAGAUGUUUUGGUGAAGGUUGACAAUCUCAUAUUCUCAGCAGACUUCAUUAUUCUGGAUUAUGAAGCAGAUAGGGAGGUUCCAAUCAUCCUUGGACGCCCUUUUUUGGCUACUCAGAAAGUUUUGAUUGACGUGCAUAAAGGUGAGCUAACCAUGCGUAUAGAUAAUGAAGAGGUGAAAUUUAAUGUGCUCAACACAUUAAAAUUCCCAGACAGUGAUGAUUGUUAG